CUAAACUGCUCAAUCUCAUAUACUAUAAAUAACACAAAACAAAUCAAAUUUCAUAAACAAAAAACAAAACGAUUAGACGAAGAAAAAAAAUAAACAAAACAAAAAAACCAAAAAUGCAUAAAGAAGAAGAAAACGAAGAGAGUGCAAUGGACUCUUUGUUGUGUCCAAGUUUCAGCGUUUAUUCUUCUAAUAACUUAAACGACGUCGCUCAACAAGUUAUCAUCGAAAACGACUACUCACACUUCCAAAACGACAACGACAAUUUCGAAUUCGUCGCCUUUCGAAAAACCGCUGAUGAAGCUUUCUUCGAUCACCGCCGCUGCAAUAGAACUCAAGGCGUUUUCUCCAUCUCCAAACGUGAUGACGCGGCGGAGAGUUUAAUUCCGUUACGGGAUCUGAUGGGCCGCGAUGAUGACAGAAGAAAUUCCGACGCGGCGGAUAUUUCGGUUCAGUCUUUGUCGGAGGUGGAAGACGAACUUGAUGCGGUUCCGCCGGUGUCGUAUUGCUUUUGGACACCGAAAUCUCCGAUGACAUCGCCGUUGGCUUCUCCGAUCAAAUGCAAGAAAAGCAAUUCCACUGGUUCGUCUUCGAAUUCUUCAUCUUCGAAGCGAUGGAAGUUUCUGAGUUUACUCCGGAGAAGUAAAAGCGACGUAAGCGAAGUGGAGAAUUCGAAGGUGAAAAGCGGUGGAAAAGGAAACGCAGAGAAAAACAUAGCGAUAAUUGCCGAGACAAAGACUCCGGUAACGGAGAGGAAAAUUCCGGCACCGAUAACGGCAAUGGAAGCGUUUUAUCUACGAAAGAAAGAGAUUAAGAGAAAAUCAUAUUUACCGUAUAAUCAAGAGUUAAUUGGUUUCGGUGUUGGUCAUGCUAUUAUUGGAAGAGGUUUUCCUCUUCAUGUUUGAUUAAUUUCUCUCAAAUUUUAACUAUUUUUAGUCACAAAUAAAAUGAUUAGGACAAUAGGUUAAUUUUCUAGGUAUUAAUUAUGGAAUUCAGUUUUUGGAAUAGGAAAAAGAGAAAAAGAAAAGUUAUAUAUAAUAUUAGUUUUUAGAUUUUA